AAGGUGAUCCUAGACACGCCCUUGCUAUCCGCUUCUGAAGAAGGAAAAGCAGAGCAAGCGCACUCUCAGCCUCAGCCGAGUAGCAUUUCGCUGAACAAUGAAUGCCCAAGUUGAGUAGUUAAGCUUAGCAUGACAAGCUUCGGAUUUGGCUCCAAUCAAAUACAACAAUCGGGUAGAGUAUUUGGUGAGGUGAAAAACCCAAUCUUUCCACUCUCAAAUCUUACUACUCUGGCUUCUGCUAUGGCUGUUGCUUCGUCAACAGAAAGCAUAGACGUGUUUUGGCACGAGGGCAUGCUGAAACACGAUACUGGGAAGGGCGUGUUCGAUACGGGAUUGAACCCGGGGUUCUUAGAUGUGUUAGAAUUGCACCCAGAGAACGCAGACAGAAUCAAGAACAUGGUUUCCAUCCUUAAAAGAGGACCCAUUUCUCCCUAUAUUUCUUGGCAUCUUGGCAGACCAGCUCAACUCCCCGAAUUGCUCUCUUUCCACACCCCAGAGUACAUAAAUGAACUGGUCAAAGCAGACGAAGAAGGGGGGAAGAUGAUUUGUUGUGGAACUUUCUUAAAUCCCGGUUCAUGGAAUGCUUCUCUUCUUGCUGCUGGUACUACAUUAUCAGCAAUGAAGCACAUUCUUGAUGGGCAUGGACAACUUGCUUAUGCUUUAGUUAGACCUCCAGGCCAUCAUGCUCAACCUACACAAGCAGAUGGAUAUUGUUUCCUUAACAAUGCAGGUCUUGCUAUUCAAUUGGCCUUAGAUUCAGGGUGCAGAAAGGUUGUAGUUAUUGACAUUGAUGUUCAUUAUGGCAAUGGAACUGCAGAGGGGUUCUAUCAGUCUGAUAGAGUACUUACUAUUUCUCUUCAUAUGAAUCAUGGUUCAUGGGGUCCAUCUCAUCCGCAAAAUGGAUCUGUUGAUGAGCUUGGUGAAGGAGAUGGUUUUGGCUAUAAUUUGAAUAUACCUCUUCCUAAUGGGACAGGCGAUAGGGGAUAUGAGUAUGCCAUGUCUGAAUUGGUUAUCCCAGCAAUUAACAAGUUUGAACCUGAUAUGCUAGUUAUGGUUGUUGGCCAAGAUUCGAGUGCUUUUGAUCCAAAUGGAAGGCAGUGCUUGACAUUGAAUGGAUAUCGAAUGAUAGGGGGAAUGACUCGUAGUCUGGCAAAUGGACACUGUAGUGGACGUCUUCUUAUUGUUCAAGAAGGUGGAUAUCAUAUUACUUACUCAGCUUAUUGUCUUCAUGCAACCCUUGAAGGUGUGCUCAGCCUUCCAAUGCCUCUAUUAUCUGAUCCCAUUGCAUAUUACCCAGAGGAUGAAGCUUUUGCUGUAAAAGUUGUUGAUUCCAUCAAAAAGUUCCACAAAGACAAUGUUCCAUUUUUAAAGGGAGCUUGAUUUGGAGGUGAAAUUAUUUUUCAGCCAUUAACUGGAGGUCUUUGAUGAUGCCACAUCCAUUCAUUAUACACAAUUUUCAGUAAUUUGUUGCUUUGUCUAGCCAGUAGCCAUGGCCUUACAUUGAUAGUGGUGAUUUUAUCAUCCAUACUUGUUGAAUUCAUAUCUCAGGUUAACCCUAAUGCAGCAAGAUGGAGGAUAGAUGUUGAGACUAUCCUAGGAAUAGGAAUUGAAAUUUCAAAUGCAAAUGGGAAUGUAAGGGUGGAACUUAUAUAAGAAUUGAACUUUUCAGGGAAUGUAAAAAUUUUGUACAAACCAAGCACAAGAAUUUGACAUUCCUAGUCACUUUCCUCGUCGAUUACAGACAACCAAACUGCCCCUAGAAGACUUGAGCCUAUGGUAUGAAUUGUUAAACCAACUGAACAAAGGUGUUCGUCCCCAGUUCCUAUUUCUAACUAAUCCUGCUAAGGAGUGAAGGAACUUAAUUUAAGCUUCAUUCCAGCUGACAAGUUAUGAGUUGCUAGGAAGUCUGAAACUUUAACUCUGGAGAAUCUUCAUGUAUAAAUUAUAAAUAUGUAUUUUAAAUGAAUUACUGCUCCAAAAAUUUGCAAGUUCAUUUUCAGUUUCUAAAACUAACAGAAAUCCGUGACCAUUAGAAUAA